CUCCUUCAUUGUUUGCAUUCUUUUCUUUGCUUUAGCUCAGUCAUUCACUCUUUUAUUUACACACUCGUUACAAUGCAUCUCUCCGCCACCCUCGCCCCCCUCUUCCUCUCGUCAGCGCUGGCGCUGCCCGCCGUCUCCCGCCGCGCUGCUGCGCAGUCGGCCACCACCCUCUGCGGCGAUUACGACUACAUCAUCCUGCAGGACACCCCCUGGAUCGUGUACAACAUGCUCUACAACGCCGCCCAGACGGUCGGCACGCAGUGCACGGGCUACGAGUCGCAGACGACCUCCGCGAACGGCACCAGGGAGGUCGUCUGGAGCAGUGUGACGGAUAUCGAAUAUGUGGAGGCCACCAACAAUGUCCCCAAGGGCUACUCCUUCGUCGGCCUCACCGAGAACCUCGAGACCAAGAUCUCGGCCAUCUCCUCCAUCCCGGCCGACUACACCUGGACCAGGACCAACUCCACUGCUUUCAAGGGAAACACCUGCUUCGACUUCAUGACCAACGACGUCAAGGGCGACUCGACCUCCUCCUCGUCGCACGAGCUGAUGCUGUGGCUGCAGUACGAGGGCGGCCAGCUCCCCAUCGGCUGGACCGAUGGCGCCGUCGCCACCAUCGACGACCUGUUCGGCACCUCCUGGAAGCUGUACGAGGGCGUCAACGACGACUCCGGCAUCACGGUCAGCUCGCUGCUCCCGGAUACCCAGUUUGAGGGGUCGUUCGAGGGCGAUCUGCGCGAGUGGUUGAUGGCCAUGGUCAACUUGGGUCGGUUCACGGAGGAGACGUAUGUCAAUGUUGGCAAUGCGGGAACGGAGUUCUUUUACGGAAACUCGGUGUUGAAUGCUACGCUGGGUCUGCAGAUUGAUCUUGCUUAGAUUUGGUCGUGCUUGGUGGGAGUGGUUGGAUAUGUGAGUAGAGGGCGCUGCUGAGUUGGACUGCGGGUGCCUGCGUGCGAGUGCACAGGCUGGCCUGCAGAUAAUCUUGGAGAAGAUCAUCAAUAGAGACACGGGUGUCUAUAUGCAGUAGACCAGCUUAGAUUACGCCACCAAACUGAUCGCAGAGUGGGGUACGUAGACCAGCACUAACUUAGCGGCGGCUAAAUUAUACUUAAACCCG